AACGAACCCGUUUUCUGCUCCUCCAGGUGCAGAUCAAGACAGCCCGGCGGCGAGUGGUGAUGGCGUCGCUGUACCUGGGCACGGGGCUCCUCGAGCAGGAGCUGGUGGACUGCCUGGAGGAGACGCUGGAGAAAUCGCUGCAAGCAGAAGGGUCCGCUGACCUCAGAGUUUCCAUUCUCCUGGACUACACCAGGGGGUCUCGGGGCAGGAAGAACUCUCGGACGAUGCUGAUUCCCUUGCUGCAGCGAUUCCCCGAGCGAGUCCGUGUGUCGCUGUUCCACACCCCCAACCUGCGGGGGCUGCUCAGGCUCUUGAUUCCCGAGCGCUUCAACGAGACCAUUGGGCUGCAGCACAUCAAGGUCUAUCUCUUCGACGAUAACGUCAUCCUGAGCGGGGCCAACCUGAGCGAUUUGUACUUCACCAACCGUCAGGACCGCUACGUCCUCCUGCAGGACUCUCCCGAGAUCGCAGACUUCUUCACGGAGCUGGUGGAUGCCGUUGGAGAUGUGUCCCUGCAGCUACAGCAGGACGACACGGUGCAGAUGAUGGAGGGGAUGGUGCACCCCUACCGAGGAGACAAGCUGGCUUACUGCGAGACGGCGAACCGGAGGGUCAUGGAGGUGAUCAACUCUGCCAGGACGCGGCAGGAGCUCCUGCACGCCAAGACUUUCCACAGCGGCCAGCAGGGCCGCUCCUUGUCACACCAGCAAGGCUCUGCGGCGCCUGGGGGCCAGAAACCUGAACCCGACACCUGGAUCUAUCCCUUGAUCCAGAUGAAACCCUUUGGGAUUCAAAUAGAUGAGAUGGUCACAGAGACGCUGCUGACUGAGGCCGAGCGGGACGCCAGGAUAUACCUCACCACCGGCUACUUCAACCUGACGCAGGCCUACAUGGACCUCAUCCUGGGCACCAGGGCCGAGUACCGGAUCCUCCUGGCCUCGCCGGAGGUGAACGGCUUUUUCGGUGCCAAAGGGGUGGCCGGGGCCAUCCCUGCCGCCUACGUCUACAUUGAGCGGCAGUUUUACAGCGAGGUCUGCUGCCUCCAGCCACAGCGGGUGCAGCUGCACGAGUACUCGCGGGCUGGCUGGACGUUCCACGCCAAAGGCCUCUGGCUGUACCUGGCGGGGAGCGACCUCCCCUGCCUGACCCUCAUCGGCUCCCCCAACUUCGGGUACCGAUCGGUCCAUCGCGACUUGGAGGCUCAGGUCGCCAUAGUGACGGAAAACAAAGCUUUGCAGCAGCAGCUCCACCAGGAGCAGGAGCAGCUUUACCUCUGCUCAGGCCUCGUCUCCCCGGCGACGUUCGAGCAGCCGAACCGCCACGUGAAGCUGUGGGUGAAGCUGGUGACGCCCCUCAUCAAGAAUUUCUUUUGAAAGAAGAGAAGCUGCUGCUUUGGGU